GCGAAGAGCAAUAACAACAAAAACAACGCUUUAUGCUAGCAUCCAUUUAUUUUCUAACAAUGGAUUUAUACGCGCUUUUACAUACAGCCACAUACACGUAUUCGUUUUCCACGUUAUUAGCGUAGCGUACUGUUUUACGUUGCGUUAGGUUAGAGUUGAUUUUAACAAGCCUUCAGCCUUUACACGUUCUACAAGUUGCCGGCUGCCAUGUCGUUGUUCAGUGUGCAAGCGAGGAAGCACACCGCUUAUUACGACAAUCUAAUUCUAACGUCAACGUCCAAGACACCGGGCAGGGAGCGCCCGACGGAACGAAAAGCGGCAGACGCGACGCUAACUAAAGGUGCGCUGACCUCCGGAGCCUCCGUGUGUGACGAGCGCAGGUCAUCCGGCAAAGGCAGGCAUGUAAACCGGACCUAUAUCGUCUCUGCCGCGUCAAAAGGCGGCGGUGGCCAGCAGCCGACACCUUACCGGGCCCGGCUCACCCUGCAGAGGCGGUCGAGGAGGAGGACCGGCGCUGACACCGCCGAGAAGACCGUGUGCGACAGCGGCCAGGCCGCGACGCCAGCGCCGGAGAAGCGGCUGACGCUGCAGCGGAGGACCCGCACUCCGUCCAUGGAUAAGAGCGUGCCCGGGCCCCGUGGGCCCAGCGGCGCGGACCUGAAGCCGACGCCGAAGGUCCUCAGCGAAGCCAACGGCAGGACGCCUGCUCUGUUUAGGUCGGAGAGUUUAAAAGACGGUGCCCAUAGAAGCAAAGCAGGGGAAACGAGCACCCGGGUGGAAGCCCACGGGCGAGCGGCGCCGGCCGUGCCCUCCUCCUCCUCCAACCCCACGGGCCGGCACCUAGAGGAGCAGGCCCACAGCUACAAGACCCCCACCCGGAAGACGCCGUUCGAGAAAAUCGCUGCCAAAAGAGAGGUCUUCGAGAGGCUAGCGGGGAAAGAAGCUCCUAAGACGGUGGCGGUGAAAUCUGCCAACGUGGAACGACCCACGCAACGAGCGACGCACGCGGACGACGCCAAGCCCGCCGCAGCUCCUCGGCUCAGCAAGGCGUCCGCAGGUGCGCGCAGGCCGGGCGCCUCUUCACAGGUGAAAAAGAGCUCCACGUCGGGCCCGAGGGGCGACGUGACCCGGAUCAGCGCGUCCACGCCCGCUCCUGCUCAGGACCCACCGGCGUCCCGCACCAGCGGAGGCCGGAGGGAGCAGGACUCCUUCAAGAUGGAGAACAGUGCGGUGACCGUGGCGGUCCGUGUCCGUCCGUUCAACGCGAGGGAGACGGGAGAGAAGACUUUGCAGGUGAUCUUCAUGCGUGGCCAGGAGACGGUGGUCCAGCAUCCGGAGAGCAAGCAGAGCUACACCUUCACCUACGACCUGUCCUUCUGCUCCGUGGAUCGGGCCGAUCCCUCGUUUGCCAGCCAGCAGACGGUGUACGAGACGCUGGCCAGGCCUCUGCUGGUCAGAGCCUUUGAGGGAUUCAACACCUGUCUGUUUGCCUACGGCCAAACGGGCUCUGGGAAGUCCUACACAAUGAUGGGCUUCGGAGAGGAGCCAGGCGUUAUUCCACGGUUCUGCCGGGAGCUCUUUUCCAGACUGGCCUCCAUGGAACAUGAAGAGGUCAAAUGUCAUGUAGAGAUGAGCUACUUUGAAGUUUACAAUGAGAAGAUCCAUGACCUCCUGGUGACCAGAGAUGAUCCCAACCAAAGGAGGAUGCCCCUGAGAGUGAGAGAGCAUCCAGUUGAUGGUCCCUAUGUUGCUGAGCUUUCCGCGAAUGUUGUGAGCUCUUACACUGACAUUCAGGGGUGGCUGGAACUGGGAAACAAGCAGAGAGCUACAGCAGCUACAGGAAUGAAUGACAAAAGCUCCAGAUCUCACUCUGUCUUUACCCUGGUUAUGACCCAGACUAAGACAGAGUUUGUGGAGGGGGAGGAGCACGACCACAGUAUCACCAGUAGAAUCAACCUGGUCGACCUGGCUGGAAGUGAACGCUGUAACUCAGCCCAGACAAGUGGAGACAGACUUAGGGAGGGCGCUAGCAUCAACAAAUCCCUGCUUACCCUUGGAAAGGUCAUCUCAGCGCUGUCUGAGCAGGCACUGACGAGGAAAAAGGUUUUCAUACCGUACAGAGAGAGUGUCCUGACAUGGCUGUUAAAAGAAAGUCUUGGUGGAAACUCCAAGACGGCCAUGAUUGCAACGCUGAGCCCGGCAGCCAGCAACGUGGAGGAAAGUCUGAGCACCCUGCGCUAUGCCCAGCAGGCUCGCACUAUCAUAAAUGUGGCCAAGGUCAAUGAGGACACCAGCGCCAAGCUCAUCAGAGAGCUGAAGGCAGAGGUGGAGAAGCUGCGAGCGGCCCAGAUGAGCUCCCAGGGCGUUGAACCAGAGAGGGUCAGGCUGUUCCAGCAGGAGAUCACCGCCCUGAAGAGCAAACUCUGUCAGCAAGAGAGAGAGAUGGUCGAGGCCAAUAGGGCAUGGAGAGAGAAACUGGAACAAGCUGAAAUCCGUAAACGUGAAGAAACCAAGGAAUUACAGAAAGUAGGUGUGACAUUCAAAGUGGACAACCGCCUUCCCAACCUGGUGAAUCUGAAUGAGGAUCCUCAGCUCUCUGAGAUGCUUCUUUAUAUGAUCAAAGAGGGUCAGACCACAGUGGGGAAGCUUAAGUCAGAGUCCACAUACGACAUCCAGCUGACUGGAGCCCUCAUAGCUGACCAACACUGCGUUAUAUCCAACAUACAAGGCACUGUCAGCGUCACACCUAGAGAAAACGCCAAGACUUUUGUUAAUGGAAACCUGAUCUCUAAACCCACUGUCCUCCACCAUGGAGACAGAGUGAUUUUAGGUGGUGAUCACUACUUCCGCUUCAACCAUCCAGCAGAGGUGCACUCUGGGAUGCGUGUGUCAUGCUGGACAGGCGCAGGCGAUGGCCACAAAGACUUUGAAUUCGCCAAAAAUGAGUUGCUCGCAGCUCAGAGGGCUCAACUGGAGGCUGAAAUUGAAGAAGCCCACUUGAAGGCGAAAGAGGAGAUGAUGCAGGGAAUCCAGAUGGCAAAAGAAGUGGCCCAGAAGGAGCUAUCUGAUCAGAAGGCUCUUUAUGAAGAGAGGAUUCACGCCCUAGAGAAAGAAUUGAAUGAAGAAAGCAAGCGGAUGCAUCAACAGGCGCUGGACCAGCAGAGGGUGGCCAGUCAGAUGGAGGAGCUGAAGACGGCCAAGCUGGAGUUGGAGCAAGAGGUGGACACUCACAAGAAACGCCUCCGCCUGCACAUGGAGGCUCAGGCUAUGGAGGAACAUCGCGUGUGUCAGGCGAGGAUUGUUGAUGCCCUGGAGGCAGAGAAGAGAAAGAUCAGCAAAGAGCUAGAGGAGAUGCAGAGGAAAAGAGCUGCAAGGGGAACUCACACUCCCCGUAGUGUUACUCCACAGUGGGAUGCCUUGAAGUUGUCCUUGAUGAUUGAGGAAGCCAAUAACAUUAGUGCUAAACUGAAGAAAAACACAGUCUUUAGCAGACAUGAGAGCUCUGACAACCAGAACCCGGAGCAGAGCGGUUUGUUACAGGUGCGGGUUCAAAACACAAAGCUCGGCGUCUCUACCUUCUGGAGCCUGGACAAGUUCCAGAACAACAUGGCUGCCAUGAGAGAACUCGAACAGGGCGACUCCACCUGUAAAGAUGAUGAUGUGUUUUAUGGUCCUGAUGAUGAGUGGGAACAAGACAUACCGUCCUCUUCUGCUUCCACGUCCUCCUUCUCUCGCCGAAGGAGCAGAAGUUUGUUGAAGAGCAGAAGAAUCUCAGGGCGUCUUUAUGAGAUCCGGGUCCAUCCCAUUCAAAGCCUCAACAAUGGCUCCUCCCAGUCUGCUGGCUUGAUGGGUGCAGCUAAACCUCCCUCCACUCAUUCGAGCAGCGCGGAUUCUGCGAUGCCUGGCAUCUGCAAAGCGCUGAUUGGACAGUCGGUGGCCCGUUUGCGGGGCUGCAGUGGAACGGAGACGGGCAUAGCAGACAGAUUGGUCUCGGAUCUGAACCAAGUCUAUGCUUCAGUCAAGAGCAUAUCUGAACUGUACAACAGCCUGGAUGAUGACAGCCAGGAAAACGUCUUUGUGUGUAACGUGGUCGCCCAGACGCAGCUGGUCAAGGCCACCACAGCCAUAGAGAGUGCAGUGUUUGUGACCAUGCAGUGGCUGACGAGCAUCAAACCCUCCUCUGGUCUGCUCUACGCUAUCGCUGACGAACUCCAGACCCAAGUCAAAAAGAUGGGAGGAUUCUUCCAGUUGCUCAUUCAGGGUUGUGAAUCUGAGAUCACAUCGAUGGUGACUGAGGCUCAAAGAAAGAGCAGCCAGUGCCUGGAUGCAGCGCUGCUUGCUCUUGGCCAUCUGGCAGCAGUGACCGGCAUGCAGCUGAAUGCUGUGGAGCUGGGUGCUGAAGCUCAAAGCAAGCCAUCAGUGGUCCAGAGUCUGCUGAAGGGGACCAAUAAAGGCGUUCACGCUCUUUUAGAGGAGAAGCUCACCAUCACCAGGGAAAUGUUAAGAGAGGCUCAGCUGGUCUAUCCCAGGAACUCGGCCCUACAGAACCUUAAGUCCAGGGUUCUUGACUCGGCCCGUGCUCUGCAGAACUACAUCCACUGUCAUAUCACAGAGAGAGAGUCUGACCUAGAAGAAUUGGACGAAGGGGAGGAGGAGACCUCCGCUUCCCAUUUGCAGAGACUGAGCAAUGCAUCGAGCCGGCUGUUCCAGAUGAAGCAAGCGGUCCGACAGCUGCAUUCCUCUCUUUCCGCCGCUCUGCGAGGAGAAGAGAGAGACUCUGUCCACUUCAGCUGCAGGGAGAUGAUCUGCAGCACGGCUAAGGCUGUGGAUGAGCUGAUCACGAGCCUGUCCCAGGACGAAGCACCGGUCCGAUCCCUUCAGCCCCCCGCUACGCAGAGCGUCACGGAUGCAGGAGACGAACUCCACGCGGCCCUCCAGUCCUUGUUGUCUUAUUUUAACGGCGUGGGAACAGGAGAGAGUCAGAACGUUUGCGCGUCGCAUGACAGUACAGAAAAUGAGGAUUCAAGUAGAGCGAGUGCAACCACUCACAGCACUGUGAAGAAUCUGGUCAUGAGUAAGAUAAUGUACUCGCUCCCUGUAGGGGCGUUGUCCAGAGAUACUCCACACUGGGUGUAAUGAGUAUAUGUUGUUCUUGAUUCUGUCAAAUUAUGGAUGAUUUGCUGUAAAAUUAGACUUCUAUGAAAAACACAUGGGUUAUGUUUCCCCUAUUUGUAUACUCUUCCAUCAGACUUUAAUAUUGACAUUCAAGUGUAUAUGAUAAAAUGUCAGUGUCAUUUACUACUAUAACCGGCAGAGUCACAGUAAAUUGUUUACGAUGACGAACUUGACUACAAUAAUUAAUUGGCUGUAAAGUAAAAGUAAUGCUUCAAAAUGCAGCUACAUUUGUGUGUAACGUAUUGGGUAUUGUUUCCUCUGUAUAUCUUGUGCAUUAACCUUUGCUCUUUGUACACAUACUGUAAAAGUUUGCACUCAGGACACGCUUGUAUUAUAUUAAUCAGUGUUUGGACAGAACAGUGUCUAGUUUCCUGUUAGUCCUUUUGUAUGUUUGAUCACAAUUAAAGAAGCGAGUUUUGCA